GGGUACAAUGGCAAAACACCUCGCGCCAAAGUGCUGCCAUGUAUUAAGCACACCUGAGCAUACUACGGUCUGCGAUGCGACACCACAAUGUGGUGGUGGAAGCUAUGUCGCAUGCGCUGGGAAUCUCCCCACCUGCGUAGAAAUAAGCCACCCCUCAACUAGCCCUUAUUCUCCGCCCACGUGCGCGCAAGGAAGUUUUGUGCAAUGCCAAUAACUGUUUGGAUAGUCCCUUGUAUGCUGCUAGCGUCAUUGUCCUGCUUUGGGAAACAAAUCCAUGUUCCGUGGUGUAUGUUUUCAUGUGUUUGUGAUGCUUGUCGUCUUUGACUGAUUGUACACUCAAUUAUCCUCCUUUUCCCUCUUCAUACCCCUGAUUCUGCUAUGAUGUGAUGGCAAAAGCUCGCAUGGGGGUUGUUAUUGGGAAAUGUCACAAUGAUUCUAGAUUGGC